AGCUUAGGAAUAUGUUUCGUGUCAGUCAAACUCGUAAGUGAAGGUAAGUGGAUUGACAUGUGACGUCAUAGAAUCCAGACUCUGCGCGAAAGUAUAUAUUCAGCAAACAUUGAACAAGAAAACACAGUGACAUUAAGAUUGACUGAGAAUGCGAGCAAUUGAAUGUGUUUUUAUUGUCGCCUGCGCACUUCUGAGGGCGCAUGCAGCUGAACCGUCGUGCCCGGUGUGUUCUAAGUAUCACUAUGAUGAGAUGGUUCUCGAGAGGAUGAUACGAAACGAAAUCAAAUGGGAACAGAUCGUAAAUGACAUCAAAUCCAUAAAUGAAAAGGUGAAUUCUGCCCUUGAUGACACCAGCGCGAAAAUUGAACAGUUGACAUCGAAACUUGAGAUAAAAAAUCAAGUGGUUGAUGAAGCCAGCGUCAAAAUUGAAAACUUGACGUUGGGACUUGAUAAACAAAAUCAAGUGGUUUAUGAAGCCAGCGUGAAAAUUCAAAACUUGGCAAUGGGACUUGAGAAACAAAAGCUACACAUGGAUAUUAUAAACCAACGCUCACAAAAUUUAACGAAUGUGCUCUUUCAAGCACGUACACCAAAAGACGCUGCCUUAACAUCAGCAUCACAAAUCGCGAUCUUCAACACUGUGGUUGUGAAUACAGGACAAGGCUAUGCUAGCGAUACCGGCAAGUUUACGGCACCUGUUUCUGGGAUUUAUAUGUUUGCAGUGCAGUACUGUUCAGAUUCAAGUAAUUGGGGAUGUCUGAAAAUUGUGAAAGAUGGAACUUCUUUACAGACUUCCGUUAGCCUAGCAGGCAGCAUGGCUUGUAGCAGUAUGCAAGCGUUUGCCACAGUUGCUGUUGGUGAGCAAGUCUGGGUGCAGUCUAAUGGAUAUUCAGCUUGUUCUUUAUAUGAAAACCAUCCAUAUUAUUGGUCGUCUUUUUCGGGAGUCUUGAUUCACGCAUAACUUGAAUGUGUUCAUGUGUACACAUAACUCGUGAUAGGUGGUGAGAUCGUAUGACGUUUUUGCAAUUUUAUUAUGACAUAUAGGUGUUUGACUAUACAAUAAUGUUGCCGACACUCUGUUUGUUUUACUCAGAAUAUCAUACACAAUGCAAAUAUAUACUCCUGCGUACUUUUUGCAAAAGGAAUAUAUUUUACUUCGAAUAAAUAUUUUAUUUCA